CAUAUAUUGCAGACCAUUAUAAGCCUGAGCAACUUAUAUUUCUUGAUGAAGCAUCAAAAGAUGAGCAUACUUGUAUUAUCACUAUUAAAAUUAUUGAAGGAAGUUGUAAUAAGCAGUGUUUUGAAAAUUUUAUAAUUAGAGAAGUU